GUCGAACGGCUCCUGUUUGAGUCAGUUCCAUUAGAGCUUCACAGAAUACGCUGUUCAGCCCAGACGAUUCAACCAGCCUCUCCCUUUUCAAGUUUGAAUCAAGACUCCCUUCAGUGUCAAGAUGAGUGCUAUCGAGAAGAAAACAAAGCAUCAAGUCGAUGAGCUGCGGGAAGGAGUGAAGAACAUGUCUGUCGAUAUGAGAAUGUUCUCCCUCACAAUGAGAUCCCUCUACGCCGAGAAAGCGGUGGGCACUGACGAAGAGGUUGCCAAAGAGUUCAGAAAACUCCGCGACGACACCAGGAAUGAUGCCAUGGUGUACAUUGAGGGCAUCCUUCCUCUGACAACCGAGUUUGUCACAUCAAUCAGCACAUACUUUGAAUACUAUGACGCUCUGACGUUUGAUGAGUGGUGUGAAAAUAUUUCCAUGAUCCGCAAUCAAGCUACUGAGUACAAGAAGCUCUGUCACACAAUGUUGAAAAUGCAUGAAGAGAUUUUGGUGCCCCUGAAGAAGAGAAGAGACCAGGCCGGUAUUUUAUUGAAGAAAAUGACGCUCCUUGUGGCAGAAUUUGAGAAGAAGAAGGCAGAAUUGGAAAGAAAGGCAGGCAAAAAACGUUUUUGGGCAAAGGCACUUUGCUUUAUCCCUAGCAUUGGCACGAUUGCCGGUGGCAUAUUACACGCUGCUGGUGACAAAAAUUUGGCAGAAGCCGUUGCUACAGGUAAUCAUGCGAAGAUCCAAGAAGCAGCGGCCUUGGCAGUGAGAGAAGCUCUCAUUCCUGCUUUUGAAGCCUUCAUUGGAGGAAUUUCUAAAGCAGCCGGCUUCUUCUCUGUUAUGGAGCACGAAUUGCAAAAGUUUGAAAACAACGCCAAGAAGAGCGAGGACGACCCUCAAUUUAUCUUCUUCAAAGUAAUGUCGGUUGAAGCCAAGGAUAUGAAGUCUAUUUGCCAAGUGUUCUAUGCAGGCUUACCAGAUGUCAAGACCGACUUCCAAGCCCUGCCUACCGAGGGCACAGACCGCAACUACGUGGACGAAUGGCUGGAAAAACAGAAAAAGAUGAUCGAAGAAGAAUGUAAAGGUAAGCUUGCCACGAAGAUGCUGAGAGCCAUUGCACAUGCAUUGGAGAAAAAAGUCGAAGAUGCUGCCAAUCAAAAGCCACAAAGCUCCUGAACUCCCAAGUGAACAUUUAAACUAAAAGCAGUUCCAGUUAUUUUGGUUUUUUUUGUUUUUGUUCUUUGUGAUGAUUUUUAAGAAAAUUUUCCGUAAAUUGUCAAAUUUUUUUAGUAAAAGAUUCACGGACUUGUUUCGUAUCUCAGUCAAACAUGUUGAACUAAUCAGCUGAGAAAUAACCAUCAAAUACAUAAUUAUAACAACCUUUUUAGAAUUGAUUGUUUAGAAAGAUUUUUGACCAUGGGAACAAAGAUAAGAGGUUUAUCAUCCGCUCAGUUUUAAAAUUUUAUUGUGUUACUUUUGUACGAUUAUGUGGAUUCAGUUGGUCAGUUUGAGUAGAUCUUUAACAGUGCUUAAAAUUACUCAUCUGCUACUUCAAAAUAUUCCCAUAUUAGCUUUUCAAAGAAUUUUCAAAUGCAGUGACUUAGCACCGCGAGACUAGAGCAAACUGAAGUUGUAGAGCGCAGCAAAAUCAAAUUAAACUUUUCAUUAUAUAUUUUUAUUUUCAUAUAUAUUAGCUGUUGUAUUGCAGAAGAUUUGGGCUCCACAUCAUGACUUUAUUAACAUUCAAACGUGAAGGAAACUGAGUGGAACAUCUUUAACAGUGUUUAAAAUGACCCAUUUUCUGCUUCUUUCCAGAGCCAAAUUUUCUUUUGCGACUUUUAAAAGGAAAAAAAAGAGAACUGAGUACAUCUUAAACAGUGUUUUUUAAAUGACUCAAUUUGUUUAAAAUUUUCUAUCGCUGGCAUGUUGUAGGAAAAACGUUUUCAGAUUUAGAAGCUUCCAGAAUUGCCUUACAGCAUUUAUUUUUGUUUCAAGUUUGAAAGUUAUUUUGAUUAAAUAAAAUUAACAAUCAAAUGA